UUCCUUACCGCCAAACAAUCCUCCGCCCUCUUUGCUCCAACAAACCCCGAAGACGAUGGCGAGGAAUGUCUGCACGAUUGCGAGACCUGCACAAUUUCGUAUCCUCGGAAAUUCGAGAUAGAUGAGGAUGAUAAACUGUACGGCGAGAUUCAAGGAUGGUCACGACACUUGAUCGUCGCAACGGGCAAAACAGACUGGGUGAGAGAUGUGGCCGAUGAGAAAGACAGCGUCAUGGAAGCUGUAGCAAAGCACACGGAAGCUGUGCAAGGCGGGAAAUUGAUGCUGUCUGCGAGCAACAUCCCCGUGCCAGAGAUUGUGGACGAGAAGGAGCAGCACAUCGGACCGUACGGAAAGGAGAGACCGACGACGGUGCUGCUGAUGCCGGCCUUUACAUUUGUCGACAACGUCCGUCCAAUCCACGUUCCUGAGCUCAUCACUUCAGUCAUCAACACCGCCACGACGAAUACGACACGUCUCGCACCGCAAAUCACGCCUACACAAUCACUCGACGCCCUGCCAGCGAACCUCAGUACCCGCCCGUGUCCUCAUCGUGCCGUCAUCCUCCUCUGCAGCCAAGCCACCCGAGAUGCACGGUGCGGACAGUCCGCUCCUCUGCUACGGCGUGAGCUAGAACGCCAUUUGCGACCACUGGGACUUUACCGCGAUUUGCACGACGAACGACCGGGUGGAGUGGGGAUAUACUUCAUCUCGCAUGUUGGCGGACACAAAUACUCAGCGAACAUGAUGGUGUACCGACGUGGCGACGAGCCGGACCAAGGUUCAGAGGGAAGUGUGGAGACGGGCAAGGCACCCGGUGAGGCGAUGCAGUGUAUUUGGUUGGCGAGGAUACGACCGGAGGAUUGUGAGAAUGUGGUGAGGUAUACGGUGUUACAGGGUAAGGUGGUGAAGCCGGAAAGGCAGUUGAGAGGUGGGUUUGAUCGAGGAAGGGCCAUUGUCAGUUGGUAA